AAAGCGUAGGGAUUCAGAGCGGUGCCCACGGGAAAGCUCUGGGGCUGGGGGAUUUUGUGCAAAAACACGCUUCUUCCCAACAACUGUUCACCUGAGCCUGCACCCCUUCCCCCUUCCCUCCUCCUGUAACAGAAAACAGGGCUUGGGGCCCCCCAUAGGGCUGGGAGCCCCUCCGGGAGCUGGGCUUUCAGGGGACCAGCAGUCAAGCAACAGGUUUGUCCUCCCACAUCAGCUGCUUGCCACCUGCGAGAGGGCCCAGCCUGGGGUCUUGGCACAGCGGGUGAGGCGAGGCAAGCCCCGCUUUCAGCCCGGGGGCUGCCCCCCUCCAUCCCCCACCCUCCAUCCUCUUCCUCCCCCGGGGCUGGCGCUCCGCCCCAUGCCCGGAGGCGGGACCGGGGCUGGCAAGGAGCAGGACCGAGCUGCACAGAGGGAGCAGGUGGACAGACAGACAGACCAGCUGCUCACAUGGCACCCGGCCCCUUCCCACAGCGCUGCUCCGGCCCCAUGUGUCCGCCACAGAGCCCCUGGCUUGGAUGCGCAGGCUGGUGUCUUCUGGGGAACUGAUGUCUUCGGUCCGGACUCCCCUCCGAUGGCUCUGAUCUCCUCUGCCACCCUCUCCACCCCCAGCCCAGGACCCUCAUCCUCUCCCCCAGGAGCAGGGAUGCUCGCUUUCCUCCUGGCGAGCUGUACCAGCCACCCGCGUGUCGCCCAGGAGUAUUUUCCUGCCACACGUCCCUGCCUCGCUGGGUGAUCAAACCCCCUCGGUCUGUGGAAAUUCUCCUUGCUUCGUCUGUAUCUUCAGGGACUGGUGUCAAUCUGGAUUUUGGAUCUUCACCCACCCCAGUCCUUGACCUCAUCCUAUUUGUUCCUUGCUCUCGGCUCGUCCUGCCCUGCAGAAGGCUUAAAGAAGCGUGGACAGAUUCCCUUGGAGGUACGUCAGCCAUGGGCCGCCGGCUCAUCCGUGGUCUCUCUGGAGCGGCAGUCUUCCUGGUCAGCGUGGCCCUCCUCUCCGUACGGCACCGUGGGGCUCAGGAAACAUCUGGGGAAACAUCCCCAGGGCUCAGAGAGGGGAUGCCGGAGAACCCAGAGCGAUGGACGCGUGCAAGUCCAGAGGAUGCCGCGAGAGGUGGUGGCAGGGGGCAGAAGAACCUGCAAAUCCAACCUCCGGGGGAAUAUAGGACUGAAGGAAGCCUGACACUUGGAGACGUCUUCAUAGCUGUGAAGACCACCAAGAGAUUUCACCAGAGCAGGAUGGAGCUGCUCCUGGACACGUGGAUAUCCCGGGCAAGAGAGCAGACCUACGUCUUCACUGAUGAAGAAGAUGAUGCCCUGAAGAGAAGAAUGGGUGACCACGUGGUGUUCACCAACUGCUCCACCGAGCACAGCCACCUGGCCCUCUCCUGCAAGAUGGCUGCUGAGUUCGACGCGUUCCUGGCCAGCAGCCGGAGCUGGUUCUGCCAUUUGGAUGACGACAACUAUCUGAACCCUCAGGCCCUCCUGCAGCUGCUGUCCUCCUACUCGGCGACGCAGGAAGUCUACCUGGGGAAACCCAGCCUGAACCGACCCAUCCGGGCCUCCGAAACACUGCCCAACAACCGGACGAAAUCUGUGCGCUUCUGGUUUGCCACAGGAGGGGCUGGGUUCUGCAUCAGCCACAAGCUGGCAAGGAAGAUGAUGCCUUGGGCCAGUGGCAGGAACUUCCUGAGCACUUCAGAGCUCAUCCGCCUGCCAGACGACUGCACCAUGGGGUACAUCAUCGAGUGCAAAGUCGGUGGGCAGCUGCUGCCCAACGCGCUCUUCCACUCCCACCUGGAGAACCUGCAGCUCAUCCCCACCUCCCGUCUCACGCAACAGGUCACACUCAGCUAUGGUGUCUUUGAGAACAAGCUCAACGUUAUCGAACUCGGUGGUCCCUUCUCACCGCAGGAAGAUCCCUCAAGGUUUCGAUCGCUCCACUGCCAUCUCUACCCUGACACCUCCUGGUGCCUGCAGGCUGUUGGCUGGUGAUUCCCAAGCCUCAGCUACAGUGGGUCCUGCCGACCUCCCUUCGCCUUGUGCUUGUAGGGGGUGAAACACGGAAGAAGCUCAGUGCUCCCAACCUCCCCUUUGCUGUGGCGGUCUUGGGUCCUUGCUGAGUACCAGUGACACGGGACAUGAGAGAUCUGUG